GGCCCCAAACGGAAGCCAUCAUCCGAAAAAAAGGGAAAAAAAGGGAGAAAAGAAAAAUAAACCCCAAAGCUCAACGGCAUGGCUCUCUGCUUCCAAAUUCCCCCUUCUUCAAUUAAAUCACAGUUGUUUUCCAAUCGCAAAUUCUACACCAAAAAACCCUCCAAUUUUGUCACAAUUUGUUGCACCCACAGCGAAGGGGUUGAGAAUGCAACCAGCAAACAGCAAAAGAAGAUAUCCAAACAGUCCUCAUGGGAAGCCGAGGACUCUGAAGGCAAAGAUUAUCUCUACAGACUUGGAGCUGAGGCCGACAACAUGAACAUCGCCGUUGGAGCUAGGGCUGGCAUCAUCGAUGAUCUCUUCACCGGCAAUUUCCUCGGCAAAGACUCGGAUAUUGUGUUUGAUUAUCGGCAAAAGGCAACGAGGUCUUUCGAGUAUCUUCAAGGCGAUUAUUACAUUGCGCCUACUUUCCUGGAUAAAGUUGUUGUCCACAUGACGAAGAACUUCAUGGCUCAUCUCCUCAAUGUCAGAGUUCCACUAAUUUUAGGAAUUUGGGGAGGGAAAGGACAAGGCAAAACUUUUCAAACCGAACUUAUUUUCCGUGCUUUGGGGGUCGAACCUAUCAUCAUGUCUGCUGGUGAAUUGGAAUCUGAAAGAGCAGGAGAACCAGGAAGAUUGAUACGUGAACGGUACAGAACUGCUUCUCAAGUGGUCCAAAACCAAGGGAAAAUGAGCUGCUUGAUGAUUAAUGAUAUUGAUGCUGGCCUGGGUAUAUUUGGUAACACACAAAUGACAGUGAACAACCAAAUUGUGGUUGGAAGUCUCAUGAAUUUAGCAGAUAAUCCUACAAGAGUAAGUAUUGGGCAAGGUUGGAGAGAGGCAGAUAUUACUCACAGGAUCCCAAUCAUCGUCACAGGAAAUGAUUUUGCAAGAAUUUAUGCUCCAUUGAUCCGUGAUGGAAGGAUGGAUAAGUUCUACUGGCAGCCUACAGAAGAAGAUAUUGUAAAUAUUGUUAGUAGAAUGUACGAGAAGGAUGGGAUAACUAAGGAUGAGGUUGUCAGCAUCGUGCAAGAAUUUCCCAAUCAAGCACUGGACUUUUAUGGUGCUCUUAGGUCAAGAACAUAUGACCGCUCAAUCCUAGAGUGGGUAAAUGAUGCUGGAGGUGCUGAAGAUCUUGGUACCAGACUUCUGAAACAGAAAAGGGAUGGAAAACUACCAGUAUUUACGCCUCCACAGCAAACCCUGGAAGCAUUACUUGAAUCGGGAUAUGAUCUCAUUAAAGAGCAGAAGCUAAUCAUGGAAACCAAGCUUUCCAAGGAAUACUUGAAAAACAUGGAUGAUGAGCCAGUUUGAUAACUCGCUCGUGCUUUUCCGGUGCUAUGUAAUCCUUUCUUCUUACACCGUAUAUAACCUUCCUAGCUAAAAUGUGACAGAUGCUCAAAUCUUGCAUGCAUCCCGGAAAAAGGAGAGAGAUAGAUAGAACAUCCAUUGUAGAAAUGAAAAUGCAUGCAGUUUACUGCCAUAAUAUUCAUGAUUUUUCCACCAUUCCUAUUUCAAUGGAUAUAUGUAUUUUUUUUAUAA